GGUUAUGACGCAGGCGCUGACGUCAUGGCGCGCCCGUGCGGGUCCAACGCGCCCGCGCAAAGAUGGAAGAUCGAUUAUAACCAGGACAACGACUUCAGGCUAGACAAAGACGAGGAGCCAAGCGAACAGGAACAAAGGUUGAGCAAGCUUCGAAGGCAAAGACGGAUAUCUCGCUCCCUCCUCUCAUACACCGAAGAAACCCCCACCGACAUAGAAACCAACACAACCAUCCGCCGCCACACGCACAAGAAACGCCGCGGGAAGAAACACGGCAAGAAGCGCGCCCGCAAGAAACAUACUAAGAACAAGUUCAUUCUGAAACUCGUCAGAACGCUGGCCAAUCAUAGCGAGGAGCAUUUAGAAGUGGAUAUACAUUGCAGUCAUAAGAAGUUAUACCCGAAUAACAGUUUCGUGAGGGAUCUGGUCACUGUAUUGAACGAGAAAGACAUUAAGGUGAUCAACAACGGGCGCGUGUUCGAGCGCAACAAGGUGACGGAGAUGAAGGACGAGCGGCGCGAGCGCGGCGCAGUCAAGGUGCUACACAAGCUGGACCUCGCCGAGCCCACGCCGCCGCCUCCCGCGCAGCCCACCAAGCGGCACCGCAGCAAGAAGCACAAGCACGCACGUAUCGAGCCGCUGCCCGACACACCAGCACCACCCGCCGUCUCCAAGAAGAUCAUCAUCGAGGACUUCGUCGAGGUCACCGCCGCGCCCGCCAACGACGCGCCCGCCCGCGCUCAGAAGCGUAAGCGCAAGCGUAUGCGCGCCACCAGCACCACAGCGCCGCCCGCGCCCGUCAGCGAACUCAACGCACUCGGUGACGUCAACGAAAUUGCUGAGAGCGACGCGGCCGACAGAGACACAUUAUUGAAGUUACUAGGAGAGAAGACUGUUGCGGGGGAGAGAGACGACGACAGCACCACAGCGCCGCCCGCGCCCGCCGCCGAACUCAACGCACUCGGUGACGUCAACGAAAUUGCUGAGAGCGACGCGGCUGAUAGAGACGCCUUGCUGAAGUUACUAGGAGAGAAGACUAUUGCGGGGGAGAGGGACGACGACAGCACCACAGCGCCGCCCGCGACCGCCGCCGAACUCAACGCACUCGGUGACGUCAACGAGAUUGCUGAGAGCGACGCGGCUGAUAGAGACGCCUUACUGAAGUUACUGGGAGAGAAAACUGUUGCGGGAGAGAGAGACGAAGACAGCUAUCACCAUGAACCAAGAGUGCAGUGUCGUCUGCAUGUAAGUAACAUUACCACAGCGCCGCCCGCGCCCGUCAGCGAACUCAACGCACUCGGUGACGUCAACCAGAUUGCUGAGAGCGACGCGGCUGAUAGAGACUCCUUAUUGAAGUUACUAGGAGAGAAGACCAUCGCGGGGGAGAGAGACGACGACAGCACCACAGCGCCGCCCGCGCCCGUCAGCGAACUCAACGCACUCGGUGACGUCAACGAGAUUGCUGAGAGCGACGCGGCUGAUAGAGACGCCUUGCUGAAGUUACUAGGAGAGAAGACUGUUGCGGGGGAGAGAGACGACGACAGCACCACAGCGCCGCCCGCGCCCGCCGGCGAACUCAACGCACUCGGUGACGUCAACGAGAUUGCUGAGAGCGACGCGGCUGAUAGAGACGCCUUACUGAAGUUACUAGGAGAGAAGACUGUCGCGGGGGAGAGAGAUGACGACAGAAUGCAGAAAGUAUCCUCCGACGAAGACAGCCUAAAAGUGGAGCCUGCUUCGAUAGAGGAGGCUCCCAUGCUGGCGAGCGGCGAGCCCAAGCGGGACGGAGACACGCAGGACAACGGGGUAGAGCGGGACAGGGCUAGCUACGAGCUGUGGCCUAUGGGCGAGUCGCGGUUCCGCAGUGAGAACGGUAGCGUGCGCCGCAACGCUUGCAAGCACAAGCACCACAACCACGACCUGGAUGAACAGUUGCCGGCGCGCGCGCAGCUGACGUCAUACUCGAACGCGAACGAGCGCGCGCUGCAGCAGCAGGCGCAGGACGAGAUCGAGAUGCGAGCGGCCGAAACUGAUACUGCCGACGAAGCAUCUCCUAGGUCCCGCCCGCGCCCGACGGCGGCGCCGACGCUGCCGGUGAAGGUGGUGAUGCGCAGCAACCUCACCUUCAACCUCGGCGACGAGUUCUUCGCCUGGAGGCGCCGCCCCGGCCACGCCAGUGACUUACUCGGCGAGCUGUCCAUCCCGAGCAACUCGUCUCACGGCUCGUACCGCGCGCCGCCCGCGCACGCCUGGCUGCUCCCGCCGCGCGCCCGGGACGAUGAUCGCACGGACGCCUCCACCGUCCGGCCGGACAGCGAGCCGGACGAGUCCAGUUCCUCGGACAGCAGCGGCGAAGCGUGA